AACCACAGACUUCGCCAUUUCAGUCGCCCGUCAAACGUCGAUCGUAUUAAACGUCUGUCGCGGUAACGCACAAAACUUAUUAGCCAUGUGGUGAAGUGAAACUGUCAAACGUGAUACACUUUUGCACACUUGUGUUGUUCAGUUUCAGUGGACACUAUUAAACUUUACUGCUUGACUUGUGGUGUUUUGUUUGUUUGAAGUGGUGUCACUGUUUUGGGAAAUUGGAUUAUACGAAAGAAUAAUGGCCUUAGCCAGGUAUAAUCAGCAAACCGCGCGCUCCUCUUGGUUAAAGCUCGGGUCGGGCAGCGAGUGCGGCGGUGGAGGGUCGGGCGGCGGCGCGCCCGCUCCACAGUCGGCGCGCGUGUCCUCAAACGGCGCCGGCGGGAUGGCGGUGAGCCGCGUGCCCAGCCCGUUACAUGACGGGAACACGCCUGUCGCCGAAAACUGGUGCUUCACACAGGUCAAAGUGGUGAAAUUCAGUUAUAUGUGGACAAUAAACAAUUUUAGUUUUUGUAGAGAAGAAAUGGGUGAAGUGUUGAAAUCAUCGACUUUUUCAGCCGGUGCUAGUGAUAAAUUAAAAUGGUGUCUCCGUGUUAAUCCUAAAGGACUCGAUGAAGAAAGCAAAGACUAUUUAUCAUUAUAUUUAUUAUUAGUGUCAUGUAAUAAAUCAGAAGUGCGGGCAAAAUUUAAAUUUUCAAUAUUGAAUGCUAAACGGGAAGAAACCAAGGCAAUGGAGUCACAGCGAGCAUACAGAUUUGUACAAGGCAAGGAUUGGGGAUUCAAAAAAUUUAUAAGGAGAGAUUUCCUAUUAGACGAAGCGAACGGCCUCCUGCCCGAAGACAAAUUAACGAUAUUCUGUGAAGUGUCAGUAGUCGCGGACAGCAUCAAUAUUAGCGGACAAAGCAAUGUAAUGCAGUUUAAAGUACCAGAAUGCAGACUCUCUGACGACUUAGGAGCUCUCUUCGACAAUGAAAGGUUUUCAGAUGUCACACUAGCAGUCGGAGGCAGGGAAUUCCAAGCACAUAAAGCUAUUUUAGCAGCGCGGAGUCCUGUUUUCGCGGCCAUGUUUGAACACGAAAUGGAGGAGCGCAAGCGCAAUCGGGUGGACAUCACUGACGUAGACCAUGAAGUAUUACGAGAAAUGCUGCGCUUUAUUUACACUGGCCGCGCGCCUAACCUCGACAAAAUGGCUGAUGAUUUACUAGCUGCAGCGGAUAAGUACGCGCUGGACCGAUUAAAAGUAAUGUGUGAAGAAGCGCUUUGCUUGAGCCUAUCAGUUGAGACGGCGGCAGAUACACUCAUAUUGGCAGACCUUCACUCAGCAGAUCAGCUCAAGGCACAGACGAUCGAUUUUAUCAAUACGAGCCACGCGACGGACGUCAUGGACACAGCGGGUUGGAAGAAUAUGAUCUCGUCCCACCCGCACCUGAUCGCGGAGGCUUUCCGCGCGCUUGCCACCCAGCAGCAACAGAUCCCGCCCAUCGGCCCGCCGCGCAAACGCGUGAAGCAAGCCUAGUGCCCAGGCGAGUCGCACGAGUCGCCCGCUACCCGCCUCUAUACCAAAGACACGCCACACGGCACACACAUAUUCGAAUUCUACGUCGGCUGACCUACUGCGCGUAUCUCCCCUCACCUAUCGCCCGUAUAUUAUUCUAUUCUACGACAAGGCUGCAAUCUGUAAUAUUAUUGUUAGAGUUUACGUGUACCAUAAUCAGUGAGAUUCGGAGUGAGAGUGGCCGGUGGGUGUGUUCGUAUAAUUAGUUGUGGAUCCACGAAUCCACCCUUUCGUUUACUAUGAUUGAUCUCAAGACGAUAUUCGAUCCUAAUGUUUUUAUUUUGUCUCUCGCGGUCGUUUUAUGCACCGCAUUUAAUGUAAAGAUGAUACGCUGGACGCUUUUUGCGCGUUGAUGUAGUUUUGGAAAAUAGGCUUGGAAUUUAAUAUUUUAUGUAUGUCGUUUUUGUGGACAUUCUCUUGCAGUUAUGUUUAAUUGUAAAUUAUUACUAUGUAUUAAAUAUGAAGCUCAUGUCUACAAGAUGUUAUCCAUGUCAUGCAAUUAAAUACAUGAUUGUUAUAAAUUGGCUAACAUAAUGAUAUAAGUCAUAAAGGAUAUUGUGAUGCUAAAAUUUGAAUUAUUUGAAGUCAUUGUAUGCCAGAGUGCAAUGUUUAUAUGGAUAUUAUUGGUGUUUCUCAUUACCAUAGAAAUCGAUCGGUUUAUUUCAACGAUUCUUGUUAGAGGUUUAAAGGUAGCCCUUUUGGACAUAUUUCAAAGUAGUUACAGUAAGCGAACGCAAUAAAACUGUGUAUUGUAUGAAACAUUGUUUUGAACAAACUGUUGCCAAAUGAAUCGCGCGUACUCAAAAUCACAACUGGAGACUAAUUGCAUUUGGGAGCAUUGUGUCCAAAGCAGUGAUACAUUUAGAAGUUGUAGGUGACUCGAGUGAUUGUAAUAAGUCUAUUGAACUUGUUGGUAAUUGUAUAUAGAUGAGCUACGAUCCCACCAUUAAAAUAUUUCUAAGUAAUAAAUCAUAAGUUGUAUCACAGAUGACAACCAUUCAUUUUUUUAUCGUAUUCUAGGACAUUAUUCCAAUGGCAUAUUGUGAUGAUUUUUUUUUCAAUUUCCAUAGGUUAUACACAUGCUUUGUUUUGUUUUCAUAUGUAAAUAACCGAGAUAUUUUUAAAUUAAACAUUAAGUUGUCGUUGGUUUCGCUUUGUCGAUUGUAAAUUGCAUCUAUACUUUGUCCAACGCGACGUUAUAAUUCGCCGUUCAUUAUUGCUCACUUGAAAAAUAAGUUUGAUGAUAAAUUAUCACAAAAAAGAAAUCUUUUUUAAUGUCUAUUAUUUUCCACUUUCAAUGGAUUUUUACUGUAUUUUUCGUUUUACGAAAAAUUAUUCAGUUAACAUACUUUUAUAUCCUUUUAUUAGUAGGUAUGUAAAAAUUACCCAAUAUCGAAUAAAUUGUACUGUGGCCAAUAAAUAUUAAUGUUUAAUAAAUAAAAUUUUGUACCCAUUUCCCAUUUAAAUAGUUGACAACUGUUAUUGUCAUAAAUAGCUACAAAACAGUUGUCAAAAAUAACUGUGAUUUUCGAAAAUUGUCAGUAAGUUGAGCAAAUAAACGAAGUGAUGUAAUAAAAUGACUAUAAUUUA